GCAGGGCGGUGUGUGGCGCGUGCGCGCGCUGGAGGCCGUUGCACAGCGCUUAGUGCGGGGCCCCGCUCCCUUGCAGACGCGGCCAGGACCGCUAGGCUGGGCAGACCGCGAGGGGGCGCGGGGCCGCGCUCAACUCGGGUGUGUGUAGACCGUCGAGGAUCGCGCCUCGGGCGGCUGCGCGCUACCUCCCUGCACCCAGGCCCCGCCAACAGCGAAACGGAGCAGCGGCGCGGGUCUCCGGGGCGAGGGCGCGGUGUGGAGAGACACUCGGGCUCCGCCGCCGGCGCCUGCGCACUCCGCGCGGCCCCCAGACGGAGUUCUCCAGGGCGCAGGCUGGCCUCAAACUUGUGACCCUCCCAUCAAGGUCUCUCAGAAUGCUGGAAUUAGCGAUUUAGGAAGAACCUGUCUCAAAAAUUUCAAGAGUAAAUAAAUAAAACAGGAUGGGUAAGCACUCAAGUGAGAUUUUCAGUUUUUUGAGGACUUCUAUGCUUUUUUCACAAUGGCUGUUCCAACUUACAGACCUGCUUUCUCCAGUGUUAACAACACUUCCUUUGGACUUUGUGGGAGCUAGCCUAAUGGGUAUGUGGUGGUAUCUCACAUUUUUUUGAUCUGCUUCUCCCUCAUGAUUAAUGAUGUUGAGCACCUUUUCGUGUACCUCUUCGCCAGUUUUAUGCACAGUUUGGAAAAAUGUCUGUUUAUCCUUUUGUCCUUUUCAUAAUUGGAUUAUUUGAUUUCUUUGCUGUUGAGUUGCGUGUGUUCCAGAGUAUUUUUAAUAUUAAUCACUUACCAGAUACAUGGUUUGUAAAUAUUUUUUUCCGUUUCAUUGGUUGCCUAUUCAUUUUGUUGUCCCAUUUUGAGUCCUAUUUGUUUAUUUUUGCUUUUUGUUGCCUGUGUUUUUGUUAUGAUACCCAAACAUCACCAAGAUCAAUGUCAGGGAGCUUUAUGUAUCCUCUCUUAGGAGUUUAAGAGUUUCAAGUCUUACAUUUAAUUCUUUAAUCCAUUUUGAGUUGAUUUUGAUAUAAAGAUUUUUUAUAUUGAUAUAAAGAUGAUGUCUGGUAUUUCUUUCUCUCUCUCUCUUUUUUUUUUUUUUUUUUUGCAUGUGAGUGUGCAGCUUUCCAGAUACCUUUUGAUACAAGUCUAAAAUGUUCCUCAGUGAGUUUCUGUACUCAUUAGUGCACAAAGGUAGCAGGAGGUGUGUCCCUGGGCCUGGAGGUACAGCUUCUUCUCAGGGUUCUCCCUUUAUACUCAGCUUCUUGCCUCUAUGGGUGGAGCAGCAUUCCCUCAACCAUGCCCUUGUUCCAUCACAGUGCUGCCUCAGAGCCAGCUGACCAUGGGCUAAAUCCACCCAAAAACCGUGAUGCAAAAUAAAUGUCAUGUAAUUUGGCUUGUGGGCAUUUUUUCCCAGCCAAGGAAAAGUGUUGAAUACACUCUUAAAUGAAGAUGUCAUCCUUUCCCCAUUGUGGAUGCUUAGAAACCUUGCCAAAUGCUAGUUCACCAUGUAUGUGUGGGUUAUUUAGAUUGCUUUUUUGGUUGUAGUUUGGAACCUAACAUUUGCUCCUUCAGUGAUACUUAGGAUUUCAGCCAGAACAUUUUUCAAUACAGGUUUUUACCAUGAGGUCAUCAUCUAGCCUGAUCUAUAGAACACUUCUUCUCUUUGACCUUUCUGUGUGAGGAUUUAAAAUUUCCAGUGUUUGUUAUGCUCUGAGAGGGCUCAGAAGAGAAUGAAGGGGACCGCAUUUGAAGGAUGAAGCCGCUGGAUUCAAAGAUGAGAAAGGGUCUUGCUAAGUGACUCCUGCCUGGAAUGGGCUCAAAGUUGCAUUCCUCCUGUCUCAGCCUUACAGCGUGCUAGAAGUACAAGCAUGUGCCAGCAAGUCCAACUUUGCUUUUAACUUAAUUACUGUGUUCCUGUCAAUAUUCCUGGUUAUUGUGUUUACCUGCUGGCCUCUAGGAAAUGACUUGAGAAGAAAAGGUGACUUUAUAUAGCUUCGAUGUGAAGUUACGGAUUUGGAGACAAGAUCUCAUUACUCAUCCCAAAAGAAAAUCAGGGAGAGAAGCUGAUGGUGAAAGAGGAAAGGAACUGCACUUCUGGGUUCCAGUACACUGGCUUGGGCCUGGGGAGAGCUUAAGAUCAUCGUUCCCAGCAGUUAAGUGCCCGCAAGCUUCCAACCACACUAGACUAGGCUCGGCAGGUUUCAUGGGCCUAACUGGAGCAUCUCAAGUGACCUUCUGUCAACCUGGGAGCUGAGGCUGCAUGAGAUUACCAUGGCUGCGGGAGUCGUGCCACCCAGUGAACCACCAUACUCUGUGCUGGUGAAUAACAGUGGGUAUGCGGCAUACGUGAAGGUUACCCAAGACCACCAGCCUCAGGCCUUCAAGACAAUGAUGGUGGAAAUCUCAGUAAUGCUAUCAUUCUUCUGGAACAGGCUGAUGUCCAAGAGGGACAGUGUGGGUCACAGCGGAGCAGUGCAGCUGACAUUUGCAGCGUCCAGUGCGGAUGAGGUGGAAGAGCAAGAGCAGGACCAGGAAGAGGACGGGCGCUUUCAGAGACCACCGGGAAUUCCUGGAGGAGACCCGGAACCACAUUUCUGUUCCAGAAAGCCUCCUGAGGAUGCUCCCUGAUGAAGACCAUCCUGCUGCUGUGUGCACAAGUCCACCUGCCACAGCCCCGCAGCCACAUGGGAAGGACGUGCACACCGCCACUCUGUCCUCAGUAGAGGCUUCCCCCUCCCCUCUCACUCGGCACCUUCUGCCUCUGGCCUCCUCUCCAUCGUCAGGCUGGUCCACAACCUCCUCGGAUCUUGAAUGUUCACCCACAGCCCUUACUUCCUCCCAGCCCCCAGAGCCCUUGCUUCUGCUGGACAGAAUUUCACCUCAGCCACUUCCACACUCCCUCCCCCCACCAUGUCCCCUCAAAUCUACCACAACCCCCCAACCCUGGUGGGACACUACAGAGAAGCCAAAUCAGCAGCUCGGUCCUCAUCAACUCUCACAUCCCAAGAUCCCAGGGCUCCACUUUGAGCAGAAAUGGAACCAGCUGUUCUGGGGUCUGCCCUCUCUGCACAGCGAAUCCUUAGUGGCUGCCGCCUGGAUUUCCCCGAACACUGCUGUUCCCCACUUUCAAUCCUCCUCAUUUAACAAAACCUCACAUUUUCACCCAACUCACCGGCAGGAGAAAAUGUCACUGGUGCUUCCUCAGGCCCAGGCCCCCUCCUAUCUGGAGCCCCAAUCCCCACCCCAAUUCCAGCCCCCACUUCUGGGUUAUGCCCUGACUCAGACCCACCCACGGUCCUCUCCCCCAGUCCUGUUAUCACCUCCUGCGUCCCACAGCAGGGACUGUGGAGCAGCCUGCUCUGCACCCCAUAGCACCCCACAGUCUCAGGUUCCAACUGAAAUUCAACACCCAGGAUGGCCCUUGUCCACAAAACAACUGGAGCGUGGGGGUGCUGCGCCCUCAGCAGCCCAAAGUUCUCAGGGGAGCGAUAGCCACCCCACUUCCAGCCUUCACCAAGGCAAGUAUGCUGCUGCCACCCUUCCUGGGACUUUUCCGCUCAACCCUGAGGUCCGAGCACAGCUGGAGCAGCACAUUCAAAGGUGGAUCACUCAACACUGUGGAGACCUAACCAGCAAGACCCAGGGGUCUACAGGACUCACCCAGCCUCCAAGUGACUUGACUCUUUCCUGGGAGGCAAAGGACAAGGCUGGGCCUUCCCAUCUGCUCCUGUCUACAGCUGAAAGCAGCCAGGAUGAGCAGAUGAGGUUCCAGCCAAGCACGAACCCGGUCAGGAAUCUGGGGCAUAUUCUAGGCAAUGUCCCAAAAGAUCUGUCCAGGGCCUCACGAAGCUACCCCGACAAGGAUCAGGGGGUACCCUCUGAGGAGUCAGAGAGAACCCUGAUUGUUACCAGGGGGAGAGACACUGGUAAUGACUCCCCAGGAAGUGCUGACAGGGGGCACAUAGAGGAUGUGCUGAAAGUGCACUUGGGCACAAAGACGGGGCAGAUCCACCAGGGGCUGAUCCCGCUGAGAGUGCGCCUGUCCUGGCUCAGUGUCCACGGUGCCUUUUCCACCUCUGACACCCACAUGGGGACCAGAAAGCCAGCAUCCUCCAGGGCUCAGGAAAUCUCUAUGAACCCCACCGAGAAGUUUUCCGUCUGCUACCCAAGCUGUCUACAGGACCUGGAGACGCACCUCACCAGGUUUAGGGUGAAGCGCAAGUGGGGUCUCCUCCUCAAGCUCCUCAAGGCUGCAAACCUCUUCAGGCCCACAAAGGCGCAGCUCUUAUCCUUGCCACAGUUUUCCCCGCCCUCCUCAUCUUCUGGGGAUUCUUGGGUAGACUUGAUCCUUGAGGAUGCGGAGUUCUUGGGGGAACCACCUGAGGCAUUUCCUGAGGAUGAGGCCAGGGUCAAGGAGUCUGUCUCUCCACUGGGCAGUCCCCUGGUCUUCCCUCUUGUGCUAGAAGAAACCAAGUCAGAACCCACAGGUGUCCCACUGGUUGACGGUCAGCCUUUAUCAGAGGGCCCCCUGUCGGGACAGGAUAUCAAGGGCCCUUCAGAGCAACUCUCAUACAGCAGUGGUGACACAAUCCGUGACAGCAGGAUUGUUCAAAUGGUCAGCAGGGCUGACCCAACAGUCCCCUUGCAUCCUGGAACAUAUGUUGCCCAAGAUGCAGCAGAGCCAGGCCAUUGGGCAGACACCAUGAGGACAUUUCAGCAUGAAGAGAUGAAGUCAGCAAACAGUUCUCAAGAGAGUGGCUCGGGGUCCCAGCUUCCAGACAAUUUGGUAUAUGUUCCACCCCAGUGCCAUCACCACCUCAGGCCCCUAGGCCAGGUACUUGCUUCUCAGAGGUUAGGUGACCUAAUGGCACAGAGAGAGUGCAGCCUGGGCCAGCAGAAGCCCAGGGUCCUGAUGCACCAGCACUCUCAGAGGAGCCACAGCAGGAUGUUUGCCCCCACUUACAAGCAGGAGGUCAGCAGGGGGACUGCCCCAGGGAAACAAGAAGACAGGAUGGGAGGCUUGGCCUCCCAGGGUUGGGGAAAGCAAGGCCCCCUGGAGAGGGAGCACCCUCGGCAUCUCCCACAGAAGCAGCCAGUGCCUUCAUAAGGCCGCUUCAAAAGAGCCCUGAAGAAAUUUCUGCAGUGGUUUUUACCCACAAAAAAAAUGAAAGGGCAGGAAGAUGCCCCCAAAAAAGGCAAGCCUGCAGGGGCCACUUACCGGAGCUGGAGACCGGCCCCAGGCAGACUGUGUGUGGACCGUGGUGCUGAUGAGGCUCAGAUGCUCAUGACCCCAGUUGGGCAGAUGCUAGAAACUAAAAUAUGUUUUCAGCGUGAAGUUCGUGACCUGAAGUUGGAUCAGCACAGACAGGAAGGAGGUCAAGACUGGGUCUCCCAGGCUCCCUGCUCCUUAGAGCACAGGGGAGCAGCAGGAUAUGUGGUGGCCCCCGAGUACCGCAGCCAUGGUCUCAGGGAGAGGCCCCCCCAGGAGUCCUUGAAAACUGGACAGCAAGGUUGGGAGCAGCAGGGCCAGAGGCUUCCCCACUCCUCAGUGCCCAUCAAGCCUGUGUGCCCUGUCAGCCCUGCCCAGCGUGGCCCCUCAGUCCCGAGGGCACCAGGCCAACAUCACUGCCCCAGGCAUUCUCUUUGGAGAGGGGUCUUAACUGAGCAACCGAGAGAUUUCUCUCCGCUCUUUCUGACUAGGGAAACGCACCUCCAGGAACACAAUGUGCUAUGUAGCAGAAAAUGAUUUUCUCAUACUCUCCAUCCCUGAGACUUACUGUAGCCCAAUAUACCUAUUUUUCCUCCUAA